GCGCCUGCUGAAUUGUAAACGCGCCCUGCCCGCCCAGGAUUGUAGACUCGGGUACGCGCUGUAACACUCCCUUCUGUAUCGAUGAAGUUGGUUCAAAGAUGGCGGAUUUCCUGCCGUCCCGGUCCGUUCUAACUGUAUGUUUCCCUAACUGCGUGCUCACUAGCAGUGAGGCUGAACAAUUGAGGAAAUCUAGGCAGAUCGACAGGUGUCUUUCCCGGGAUAAAACAUAUGUGAAACGACUUGUAAAGAUCUUAUUACUGGGUGCUGGUGAGAGCGGCAAGUCAACUUUCCUCAAGCAAAUGCGUAUCAUCCAUGGACAGGACUUCGAUCAGCGGGCCAAAGAAGAGUUCCGGGCUACAAUCUACAGCAAUGUAAUCAAAGGGGUUCGAGUGUUGGUAGAUGCCAGAGAGAAGCUGCACAUCCCCUGGGGAGAUGCCUCCAACCAGGUGCAUGGGGAGUCCAUGAUGGGCUUCGACACUCGUUCCAUGAUGUCUCAGGGCAUGGUGGAGACCAGAGUCUUCCUGCAGCUCCUGCCCUCCAUCCGCUCGCUGUGGAAUGACAGCGGCAUCCAGAAUGCCUAUGACAGGAGGCGGGAAUUCCAGCUGGGUGAAUCGGUGAAGUAUUUCUUGGAUAAUGUGGAUAAGCUUGGAGAGCCGGACUACUUACCCUCGCAACAGGACAUCCUUCUAGCCCGCAGGCCAACCAAGGGCAUCCACGAGUACGACUUUGAGAUUAAGAAUGUGCCUUUUAAGAUGGUGGAUGUGGGCGGGCAGAGGUCGGAGCGCCGGCGGUGGUUCGAAUGCUUCGACAGCGUCACCUCCAUCCUCUUCCUAGUCUCAUCCAGCGAAUUUGACCAGGUGCUGAUGGAGGACCGGCAGACAAACCGGCUCAUGGAGUCGCUCAACAUCUUCGAGACGAUAGUCAACAACCGUGUCUUCAGCAAUGUCUCCAUCAUUCUCUUCCUCAACAAGACAGACUUGCUGGAGGAGAAGGUCAAAUGCGUGGCCAUAAAAGACUACUUUCCUGAGUAUGAAGGGGACCCUCACAAUCUGGCAGAUGUGCAGAAGUUCCUGGUGGAGUGUUUCCGCAACAAGCGCCGGGACCAGCAGCAGAAGCCACUCUACCACCACUUCACCACAGCCAUUAAUACAGAGAACAUUCGACUGGUUUUCCGUGAUGUCAAGGACACCAUCUUGCAUGACAACCUCAAGCAGCUCAUGUUACAGUGAUGCUCCUCCCUAAGGACUGUUUUUUUUUUCGUCCUUAACUCCAUUUAUUAACCCUUUAAAAUGUUAUGUUGGGGGAAGGAUUUUGUGGCUGUCGUCAGCAGUGACUGAGUUAAGGGGUUAAUGAGAUGAACAGGGUUGUGCACCUGUAGUGCCCAGUGCUGUAUAAAAAACAUACUUGCAAUGAAAAUUCAAUGUAUUGGUUUUCAUUGUAAUGCUUCCCUCUUAUGUUGAAGUAACACACUGAUCUUAUGAGUAAUUUUCUGAGUAACUAACACGUGUAAGUGGAACUAAAAAAAGAACGGUUUUUAGGAUGAGAGUUGUUAAUAUCUGAGGAGUCUUUUUCAUGUCUUACUGAGCCUUAAUUACUGAUAUAUAGAAAAUUAGCAAGGGCUAAAACAAUGCAAGCCAACAGAUGUUUUAUUUUUAAUAGGAAACAUAUUCUGAGUUUCUCAGAAUACCUGUCUGGCCUUAAGUUUUAGAUUUGGUUUUCUAAUCAAUUUUCAUUGAUUUUUUUAAAAUAUUUGAUUUCUUUAAGUUCUUAAAUUAUAUUCCAAAGGUUUACACUAUACCACUGUAGAUUUACUACUGCUGAUGGAUACGUUAUCAUAGUGAAUGGGAGUGUAAUGUCAUCCAACAAGAUUGGUACAGGCACAUGACAUACCUUGACACCACUUGAUUCAUACUGUUGUUAGCUAUGCAGUGGAGCUUGAAAGGCUACAGUUUAUGGCUUAAUCUCAGGGCUUAAUGUAGACCACUUUGUAUAUUAAUUUAAAUUUGUGUGCUUAAAAAGACAAAACCCAAAGUGCCAUAACAUUCAUUACUUAGAUCUACCUAUCCAUCAAUGGUAUUAAAUCCACACUGCUGGCUAGCUAAAUAACUUCUUCCAGUCUUCCGUUUUCACCUGAUCCUCACAAUGAGGGCCGUUUUGUGCUUUAGUAAUCUCUUCAUUGUGUGCAUGUCAGGGAAGGGGAUAGGUGUCUAUUUUUAUUUAUUUUUCCUUCACUAAAGUUUUCAGUCUGCUGAUUGACCAACAUUUGUGUGCUUUUUAGUUGGUGACAAAUGCAUCUUUGUCCAAAGUGCCACAUUUUUAUGGUACCAUUAACUAAUCCAUUAUGCUUCUCCUCUGUCUGUUUCAAUUACAUACAAAAGGGAUAGAAAUUGCUUGGUGAACCCUGUAAAAAGAAUUGUUGAAUGUUGUCGCUGUAGAAAGUUGUUUAUAAGUAGUUGUACAGAGAUUCUUUUUUUGUCUCAGUUGUUUUAGAUAUUCUUCAUGUACAUGUCUAAUUAACUUACUCCUUUUUUUUCCUCCUGAAAUUUUUGUAACCCACUUAUUAUGUAAUUUCUGUUUUUCCAAACAUAUAUUACAAUUACCAGGCUCUUAAAAUUA